AUGGAGCGUAAAGCAGUACAUUGUGAUCCUGUCCAGUAUCCUGUGUGUAAGAACAAAUUUCCACCACUGAAAAUUGCUGACGAGUCUGGAUGCUGUUUUAAAUAUGAGUGCCAAUGUAUCUGCAGUGGCUUUCGCGACCAACAUUACAUUACAUUUGAUGGAUUAUAUUACCCUUUUAAAGGAAACCUCACUUAUGUGCUUGUGCGAGAAAUUGAUCCUAAGUAUAAUUUCAGUGUCGUAGUUGAUAAUGUCUUCUGUGAUGCUGAAGAUGCCUCAAGACCCUGCCCUAAGUCCCUGAUGAUUAGCUACAAAUCUUCUGAGAUCUUCAUGUCUCAGAGGAUUUCUGGUGGAACUGUAAUCAAUUUGAUUUAUGUGAAUGAAAAGAAAGUCAAAUUGCCAUUUGAAAGUCAAGAUAUCCAUGCCACAGAGAAUGGCACAGAGUCUCUUGUGGUCAUAUCUGAGAUUGAUGCACACAUUUCUUUUACUGGCACAAUGUUUUCCAUUCAUCUCCCAUGGCAAAAUCUCCAUGGCAACACAGAGGGCCAGUGUGGUGUGUGUGAUAAUAACCAAAGAAAUGAUUGUCGCUUGCCAAAUGGCACCAUUAUAUCAUCUUGCCAAGACAUGGCUCCAUAUUGGCAAGUUCAUAAUAACAACAACUUUCUGUCACCAAGACCUGAAUCCAUAUCAAAGCCAUGCCCCUCUUCUGUGAUAUGCAAAAUAUUGGAACACAAGCUUUUUGAUAAAUGCCAUAAGUUUGUCGAUUUUGAGCCCUACGUUUCUGCCUGUAACUCUGAUGUGUGUAAAACGAACAACAAAGCCGCUGGUUGUGCCACCCUGCAGGCCUAUGCUAGGGAAUGUGCUAUGGCAGGAGUAUGUGUAGACUGGAGAGGUGUCACUAAUGGAGUGUGUGAUUUUAAAUGUGAUAAGCCACAAACAUAUAAAGCUUGUGGUCCUCAAGUGGAACCAACCUGCAAUGGAAGAUUUAAUGUAAAUUCUUUACAUGGCAAUAAUGCAUUCAGUAAUAAGGAAUCAAUGCUAUGGGAGGGAUGUUACUGCCCAAGUGGUACCACACGUUUACGACCCAAUUCUAAUGUGUGUGUUACAAGCUGUAAGCAAACUGGGCUGAAAGCUGAAAUCCUCAACUCUUAGAAACGCGGGGCAGCGGUCUGAAGUUCCCAGUUCCUCCGCCGAAAACCAGCGCAGCACCGGCUUAGAUUUCUGCAGCACACCGGCACAAGAACCAGUGCUAUUUCUAUGGCAAAGGGA